UCUGCAAGGGGAACCGCAGAGCUGAAUGAGCAUCGGAGGGAACAUGGUGUCCACGGCGGGGCUCCUCCUGGUCGCUCUGGCCUCUGUAUGCGGACGAGUCGCGGCUGAAAGACAGCUGGUUUAUGCUACGGUGUUGUUUCGACAUGGUGACAGAUCGCCAGUGAAAGCCUAUCCUACUGAUCCCUACAAAGAAGAUGCCUGGCCCCAGGGCUUUGGGCAGCUGACACAGGAGGGGAUGAGACAGCAUUACGAGCUGGGCCAGUUUCUGAGGACGCGGUACAAGAACUUCCUAAAUGAAUCCUACCACCGACACGAGGUUUUAGUGCGUAGUACAGAUUAUGAUCGCACCCUGAUGAGCGCCGAGGCCAACCUGGCAGGUCUGUACCCCCCUAAAGGUCGGCAGAUGUUUAGACCCGGUUUAAAGUGGCAGCCCAUACCGGUGCACACGGUGCCGCAGAGUGAAGAAAGGCUGCUCUCGUUUCCUUUGGGAGACUGUCCUCGCUACAAACAGCUGAUGAAUGAGACUGAGCACACGGCAGAAUUUCUUAAUGUUACAACAGCAUACCAGGACUUCAUGGAGCUGUUAAAAAGUAAAACAGCGCUGAAGAAUGUCAGCGUGAAAACAGUGUGGAGUGUGUUCGACACACUCUUCUGCGAGUCCUGUCACAACAUGUCAGCUCCCGACUGGGUCACUGCCGACGUCAUGGACCGGCUCACUUUCCUCAAUGACUUUGGACUGCAGUUCCUGUUUGGGGUCCACCAACAACAACAAAAGAGUCGCCUGCAGGGAGGUCUCCUGCUUGGGGAAAUUGUUAAGAAUCUCACCAAGAUGGCGGUCCCAGACCCAAACCAACAGCUCAAACUGAUGAUGCUCUCAGCGCAUGACACAACCGUAGCUGCUCUUCAGGCCAGCUUGAACGUGUUCAAUGGAAAGCAGCCGCCUUACGCCUCCUGUCACAUAAUUGAAUUGUACAGAGAAGAGAACGGCGCUACGUCGGUGUCGAUGUUUUUCCGUAACGACACGAGCGUGAACCCGUACCCACUCCAGUUGCCAGGGUGCGCUCUUGACUGCCCCCUAGAGGACUUUGUCAGGAUCACAAAGCCGUUCAUCUCAGACGACAGGGACAAGGAGUGCCAGCUAUCGUCCCCGAGGCUCGACACAAAAGUCAUCGUUAUCCUGGCCUUGUCGUUCUGCCUGCUCCUGGCCUUCGUCGUCAUCUGCCUGCUCUGUAGGUUCUCUGUUUGCCGGCACAAAAAGUCCAUCGGCCAUCAUGAGAUCAACCAAGAAGACUGAGAGGAAUCCUGACAGAGGCGCAAUCUCCUGCUUCAGAGAUCUACGAGCCUCAUAUCCCUGGGCAGCAAUGAUGAUGAUGAUGAUGAUGAUGAUGAACUUUGAAAGCUGAGAGUUUAGGUAUUGUCAGGACAGAUUACGGUGCCUUGUACUGAAAUUGGAAUAAUGUGAAACCAGUUUAUUCUUGGACAUGUGUGUUGUGGUUUGGGCACAGUAUGGCUGGUGUUGGUCCACUUUGUGUGCUAAUUCUAAGGCCUGAUGACGGAGAUGCCUUAAAUAUGUUUCACCUUUUGAACUAUGUCAUAUAUAUUCAUAAUAGAUUAUGUUUGGUACCUUAAAAAUGGCAAAGCGUUACCUUGUUUUUAUCACACCCUUACUCACCAGGGUCUUUCAGAUAUGGAUGCAGAUUAAUGUCUUCAUUGUUUACUUAUGUUGAGCUUCCCGUCACAUUUUUGGAUGAUUCCAAACCCCCAUGUCUCAAAUUAUUUGUCCUAAAUUUGCCUUCAUGCUGUAUGGAUUGCACUUUGAUAAUGUGAGACAUUUCUAUUUUCCAACC